AUGCUGUCGUCUCUGCUGGCUGCCAUCGAGAGCAGCAGCUCGGUUGAGAUCGCGACGGACGACUCCUCGAACCUCGCGUCGUCGAGCUCGACGCCCCCGACGACGGUCACCGACACCGACAGCCAACACUCGGACACCUCCAAGCACGAUGUCAUCACCGUCAUUGACGACUCGACCGUGGUCGCGAUAGCUCCGGCCCUGCCCGCGGCUGACGUGCCUUCGCCUCGCCGGCCCCAGCGCGCGCGGACAAGCCUGCCCGUCUACAACCUGGCCAAGCUCAGCGGCACCAGCGCGCAUGGCAAACGCCGGGCCAAGGGCGACAUCGUGGCCGACCGCAGGCGCCGCACCAUUGCGGGCAGCACUGUCACGCCGGGCGACGCCCCUGUUGAUGCGGCGCCGCGCGACACAUCGACCGCCGCCCCCAGCUCCAACCCUGACGCGUCGACGCUCCCGGCUUCUUCCAGCAGACGGAGCACGCCACGGGCGCAACGCAUGGCGCGGGCAUCGCCACGCUCGCUGCGGUCAACAGCGCGUGUUGCCGCUCCUAAUGGCAGCGCCAGCGCCAGCGCCAGCGCGACGCCGGUAUCGGCUGUUGCCGCCAAGCUCACCGUCACCUCCAAGCGCGGGCGCAAGACGGCCGGCGGCAUCGGGGUCGAAAAGGAAGUCCGCUUGACACGCGAGCUGCGGCGCCUGCAGGACACAAAGGAGUACAACCACAUCGACGACCGCCCCGUCAUCCACAGCGUCUGGUCCAACGGCAAGUACGUCGAUCCCAGCCAGGCAGCGGAGCCCCAGCCGGCGCGCAAGAAGGCGAGGGUCGAGGAGGCGGCGGAGAUCAAGGUCGAGGAAGUGGCGGUAGAGCCUGUCGCCCAGCCCAAGAAGAGGAGGGUUAAAAAGUACCUCAACAAGGGCCUCUACGCGGGGCAGGACACGCCCCAGGACAUCACUCGAGGGCUCACGGCGGCCGAGAAGAAACAGCUGGCGCAACUGCCCGAGCUCAUGCCACGCAGGGAGAACAAGGUCAUGCCCGCGCCCAUAUUCACGGGCUUCCGGAUCUUGUUGACCGGCCGCGACUUCAAGCUGCCGUUCCACGUCUGCAACCCGCUCCCGCCUGGCCAGCCGAAGCCGGACGAGUGGAAGAAGAUGACCAAGAAUCGGUUCAUUGGCGAGUCCAAGGAAGUCUGGAAAAAGAUGCCGCACAUCCUCGAUUAUCAGUCCAAGUGUGUAUGCAAGCCAGAGGACGGCUGCGGCGAGUCGUGCCAGAACAGAAUCAUGCUCUACGAGUGCGACGACACAAACUGCAACAUCGGCAAGGCGCGCUGCACGAAUCGAGCCUUUGCCGACCUGACAGCCCGGCGAGCCAGGGGCGGCAAGUACCGCGUGGGAGUCGAGGUCAUCAAGACGGCCGACCGCGGCUACGGCGUCCGCAGCAAUCGCUGCUUCAAGCCGCACCAGAUCAUCAUGGAGUAUGCGGGCGAGAUCAUCACCGAGGAGGAAUGCGAACGACGAAUGAACGAAGUCUACAAGAAUAACGAGUGCUACUACUUAAUGAGCUUUGACCAAAACAUGAUUAUUGAUGCCACCACGGGCAGUAUCGCCCGCUUUGUAAACCAUAGCUGCAACCCCAACUGCCGAAUGAUCAAGUGGAUCGUCUCGGGGCAGCCUAGAAUGGCUCUCUUUGCCGGCGACAGGCCCAUCAUGACCGGCGAGGAGCUCACGUAUGACUACAACUUUGACCCCUUUUCGGCCAAGAACGUCCAAAAGUGUCUCUGCGGUUCGCCCAACUGCCGAGGCGUGCUGGGGCCAAAGCCAAAGGGCGUCAAGCCGCCACCCAAGGAGGCUCCCCAGAGCGCCGCCAAGAGCAAGGGCAAGAGCAAGAGCAAGGGCGGCAAGCGGAAGCUCGGCGAGCUCUCGGGCAACGAGGAGAACGAAGAGCCGGGCGCCAAGACGAAGAAGCUCAAG